GGACUACGUUAGGAUUAUUAGUUGUUUCCGUUGCAGCGCUAGCAGUGUGUCUAGGGUCUCCACUUGAAGGACGGGGCUCCAAUGACGAUAUUAACCGGAAGUUACGGGAUUUACCGUCUUCCAAAAGUAAGAUUAGAACAGCCAGGUUUUCUAUAGAUGGUGGAAAGGAAACAGUUACCGUGAGGUGUGAGGAGAAUCUUAAUCCUUGUAUGAAUAAUGCAGUCUGCAAUGAGGAAGGGAACUGUGAAUGUCCCGUGGGAUACACCGGCGUUACCUGUGAGAAAGACUCUCGUUGUGAUUUUGAGCAAGAAUUUUGCCUCAAAAAUUCUGGAAAUAAUACCAUUAAUUUUACAAGGACUUCUAGAGAAAGGUUAAUACCAUCUCCAUUGGACGGAGAUCACUACGCCAUCAUCAGAUCUUCACAGACAUGUACAACUAAAAAAUCCGGAAUUAUGUUCUCGUCAAAAUAUGUGACAGGAACUGUACGUGUAGAGUUUGAUUACUUGGUUAAAGGAAACGGCAAACUGAGCUUUUUUUACGAUGCCUUCAUCGACUCAGCAAAUCAUGUGUAUGUAUCCUCUACUGACGAUGUAUGGCGAUCAUUCAACGGGACUAUAACGACCACUAAAAGUAAAUCCUUUUAUGGGUUUCGUGGUAAUGUUGGCGGCGACUUGACGGAUAACUUUCAGUACAAUGGUGUUGUUGCUGUUGACAAUGUGCGAAUCACGUCAAUCAAUACAUAAUAAGAUCAUCUCCGACUGAGUGCUAUAAAUAAGCAGAAUUUCAUAUAAUUGUACCUGGUGUGAAAUUAUAUUAAAGACUGCAUAAGAUUA